AUGCGUCUAGCUACGAAGCUCUCGGUGCUCGCGCUCUCCACUGCAGGGGCUCUUGCGCACCUUCAUGAACAAGAACGCCUCGGUAUCGAGCUCGACGAGCUGGUCAAGCUCAAGACUGAGGGUGGCCUUCUUGCCAAUGUCGUCGGCGAGGAUGCCAAGAGGCCGUCUCGCUGGCUAGAGAAGUAUGGUCCUCAGUACGAUCAGCCCUUCAGCGGCCCUUUGUCGUUCUCGCACCUGCCUUACCAUACUUGCCUCGAGCAAGAGGCGCUGGACUACGAUAUUGCCAUCAUUGGCAUGCCUUUCGACACUGGCGUCACCUACAGAAAUGGAGCCCGCUUUGGGCCAUAUGCUAUCCGCUCGGGCAGCCGCAGGCAGCGCGCCUCGCGGGAAGGCUAUUCCAUGGCAUGGGGUCUGAACCCGUACGAGUCAGGAUUGAAGAUUAUUGAUUGCGGAGACGUCCCGGUUUCUCCAUUCGACAAUGCACUUGCUGUGGACCAGCUGGAGGUCGCCUAUAACACUUUGGUAGGGCGGAAGACCACGCAUCUCACUGGUGCGCAACCGCUCGGCAAGGAUGGCGCGGAGCAUCCGCGAAUUGUCAGCUUGGGUGGCGACCACACGAUCGUACUCCCCAUCUUGCGAUCCUUGUACAGGACGUACGGACCAAUCUCCGUCAUCCACUUCGACGCUCAUCUGGACACUUGGCCAGCCUAUGCUGGCACGACUUCGCCUCAGUCGCGCGUCACCCACGGCACAUUCUUCUACCUCGCACAGGAGGAAGGCUUGAUGUCAAACACUAGCAUCCACGCCGGUAUCCGGUGCAAGAUGAAUGGAAUUGAGGACUUGGAGAACGACGCUUCUGUUGGCUUCAAGCUGGUCUCCGCCGACGAUAUUGAUGACUUAGGUAUCCCUGAGGUAAUCAAGCGUAUACGCGAGCGUGUUGGGGACUCGCCUGUGUAUCUGAGCCUUGACAUCGACGUUAUCGACCCUGGACUUGCUCCUGCAACUGGUACGCCAGAGGCCGGGGGCUGGACGACCCGCGAGGUCAAACGUAUCAUUCGUGGCCUUGCUGGGCUCAACUUCGUCGGCGCCGACGUCGUCGAGGUUUCCCCCGCUUACGACCACGCCGAGAUCACCGGAAUUGCGGCGGCAGACAUUGUUCACGAUUUCCUCUCGAUGAUGAUGGCGCCUGUCGUACCGGAGGGCGGAUAUCCCUACGCGAGCGAACGUCAGAUCUCUGACGAGUUGUGA